AGCUGGUCCUGCCCUGGUGCAGAGGGAGCGGAGCAGGGCUACUGCGCACCGCCGCCGGCCGCGACCACGGACUCGAGCCGGGGAUGGCGUCGCUCGGCGUGGGGCUUCAUCUCAUCCGAAAGCGGGGAGCAGGCAGGAGCGCCGCGGUGGAGAGGAGGAACCUGCUCACGGUGUGCAGGUUUUCAGUGAAGACUCUGCUGGACCGUUCCUGUUUUGAGACAAUAGAUGACUCAUCCCCAGAGUUCAUUAACUUCGUUUCCAUCCUGGAGCACAUCCUCAAUCAUCGACUCAAAGGUCAGACAACUUGGUUUGGCUAUGAGAGUCCUCGGAGUUUCUGGGAUUACAUAAAAGCAGCCUGCAGUAAAGUCUCUCAUAAUUGCAUCCGAAGCAUCGAGAGCAUGGAGAACGUGCGAUCAUCGAGAGCUAAGGGUAGGGCAUGGAUCAGGGUGGUCCUGAUGGAGAAAAGACUGUCUGAAUACAUCUCAUCUUCACUGAGGGACUUCAAAACCACCAGGAGGUUUUACGAGGAUGGAGCGAUCAUGCUGGGAGAGGAGGCGGGGCUGUUAGCGGACACGCUCAUCGGCCUCAACACCAUCGACUUCAGCUUCUGUCUGAAAGGGGAGGGUCUGGACGGCAGCUGCCCCGCCGUGAUUGACUACACACCUUAUCUGAAGUUCACUCAGAGCGCAGACAGCAUCAGCAGUGAUGAGGAGGAGAUGAGGACUCUGGGCAGCAGCGGCAGUGAGAGCAGCACCCCCGACAAAACAGCCACCGCCGCCUCCAUCUUCACCGAGCAGAGCAACUUGGUCAGCAAGUGCAAACGCUUCGAGCAGAAGUAUCGCAUGGCGCUGGAGCAGAAGGGUUACCUGGAAGAGCUGGUCCGUCUACGAGAAGCCCAGCUGUCGGAGGCCGUGUCUCAUAACAAAGCUCUUCAGCAGAGCCUAGCAGACACACACCUGUCCCACACACUGGAGAAGGAACAGCUUGAGUACAUCAUACUGGAACUACAGGACCAACUGACCGUGCUGAAGAACAAUGAUUUGCGGUCCAGACAAGAGUUGACAACCCAUCUGACCAAUCAGUGGCCGUCUCCUGACGCCUUGGAUGCCAGCGCUGUUGCCUUGGACACACUGCUUCACAGGAAGAGCACAGGACAGUGGGAAGAGAAGAGUUUCCACAGUCUGGAGCAGCUGUCUGCAGACAUGAGCCUCUCCCAGACCUCUCUUGAACCGUCACACGCUCUGAGCCUUGAGGCCAGGUCAGCCAGCACACAGUGGCCCCACCAAGAUAAAGAGGAAACUCCUUCUCUAAGAGGUCUGUGUGGCUCCCUGACCUCCGUCGCCAGCUACAAGUCUCUGGCCAGCCUGAAGUCCAGCGAGUGUUUGGCCAGUCCUGCAACAGAGAUUAGCAGCCCAGGUAUCACUCCUUCAUAGGGAAUGAAGAAAAAAGAAAAGAAAAAAAAAGAGCACCACCAGGGGCCAGACAAUCCAGGAACUUUCUCAGUGUAGGUGAUAUUGAUUUAUUGUUUGUAGAAGUUUAUGUUCUGUAUGUGGAGAUUUAACAGAUGGACUUCAGGUUUGCAAGUUGAGGAUCUUGUGUAGCAUGUUCUUUGAAUUGUGACUGAAACACUGCUCAAAGUCUGACUUAGUGCAGGGGAUCUAGUAAGCCUCAUAAGAUUCAUCGGUAAGUGUUUUGUUUAUUUCAUAAGUGUUUUUAUCUGUGGGGCAUCAUUUUUUUCUUUCUUGGAGAAGAAAUUAAAACAAUAGAACGUUUCUGUAUGAAUUACCACGUCACUUUACAUUGUUGAGAAGACAGUGAUGAACUUGUGUGUCUUCACUCCUGUUUAAGGUGGUUUUACUGCAAGCUGAAAAUAUUGAGUGUGUCAGAUCAGUUUAGGAGAAAACAUAAAAUAGUGUUAAGCCUUGGACAGUGUUUGAUCCCAUUUCUCACUAUGAAUUGUUACUGCUGUUAAAAGGAUCCUUUAAUAUCCUCUGUUCUGUUACUGCUGCUGUUGAAUUCCAAUACUUGUUUUUUUUAUCUACUCAUUUCUUUGAUUCAUGAUGGUGAAUGUACCUUCACUUUUGUCACAUUAUGUUAUCAAAGUUCUGCAUAAUGUAGUUUCACAUUUUGUUCUCAGGUGUAAAUGUUCUUGUGCCUUUUCUUUAUGUUGUCAGAUGUUGUGUAUAAUGCAGUAUCACGUGGUUUGUUCUCAGGUAAUGACCACAAUUAUUAUUAUUAUCCACCCUUUAGUUCUGGGUUUAGCUUUAGACUAUUGUUAUUAUUCCCUUUAAUUAUUCAACUGUAGUAUUUUACUUUAAUGGCUAGUUGCAACAAAUAGAUCAUUCCUUCAAAUCUGAAUAAUAUUUGUUUGGACUCUGUAAUGGAUAUCUUGCAAAAGAUAUUAUGAGAUUCACAAACAAAUGUAUUUACAGAAUAUCAGUAUAAUGUAAUCUGUAUUAUUGGUGACUAGCCAAGCACCACAACAGUGAACUCAUCACUUUGCCUUUAGCUUAUUCCAGCAGUCAUUUGCACAGACAUACAGCAGAUGUUUUACAGAUUUUUUUUUUUUUGCUUUUUUAUUCUUCAUUUUGAAUAAACUCCACUUGCUAAAACAGUGAAAGUUUGCAA